AUGAAAACCAUUACCUGUCAGUUACCAACCAAUACACUAGAUUCAACUAAGACAGCCAUUACCUAUCAGUUACCAACCAAUACACUAGAUUCAACUAAGACAGCCAUUACCUGUCAGUUACCAACCAAUACACUAGAUUCAGCUAGGACAACCAUUACCUGUCAUUUACCAACCAAUACACUAGAUUCAACUAAGACAGCCAUUACCUAUCAGUUACCAACCAAUACACUAGAUUCAACUAAGACAGCCAUUACCUGUCAGUUACCAACCAAUACACUAGAUUCAGCUAGGACAACCAUUACCUGUCAGUUACCAACCAAUACACUAGAUUCCGCGACGACAACCAUUACCUAUUCAGCUAGGACAACAAUUACCUGUCAGUUACUAGCCAAUAAACUAGAUUCAGCUAAGAUAACCAUUACCUGUCAGUUACCAACCAAUGCACUAGAUUCAGCGACGACAACCAUUACCUGUCAGUUACCAACCAAUACACUAGAUUCCGCGACGACAACCAUUACCUGUCAGUUACUAGCCAAUACACUAGAUUCAACUAAGACAGUCAUUACCUCUCAGUUACCAACCAAUACACUAGAUUCAACUAAGACAGUCAUUACCUCUCAGUUACCAACCAAUACACUAGAUUCAGCUAGGACAACCAUUGCCUGUCAGUUACUAGCCAAUACACUAGAUUCAACUAAGACAGCCAUUACCUAUCAGUUACCAACCAAUACACUAGAUUCAACUAAGACAGCCAUUACCUGUCAGUUACCAACCAAUACACUAGAUUCAGCUAAGACAACCAUUAUCUCUCAGUUACCAACCAAAACGCUAGAUUCAGCUAAGAAAACCAUUACCUGUCAGUUACCAACCAAUACACUAGAUUCAGCUAAGAUAACCAUUACCUGUCAGUUACCAACCAAUGCACUAGAUUCAGCGACGACAACCAUUACCUGUCAGUUACCAACCAAUACACUAGAUUCAGCGAUGACAACCAUUAUCUGUCAGUUACCAACCAAUACAUUAGAUUCAGCGACGACAACCAUUAUCUGUCAGUUACUAGCCAAUACACUAGAUUCAAGUAAGACAGUCAUUACAUCUCAGUUACCAACCAAUACACUAGAUUCGGCUAGGACAACCAUUACCUGUCAGUUACUAGCCAAUACACUAGAUUCAACUAAGACAGCCAUUACCUCUCAGUUACCAACCAAUACACUAGAUUCAGCUAAGACAAUCAUUACCAGUCAGUUACCAACCAAUGCACUAGAUUCAGCUAAGACAGCCAUUACCACCCAGUUACCAACCAAUACGCUAGAUUCAGUUAAGAAAAUCAUUACCUGUCAGUUACCAACCUAUACACUAAAUUCAGCUAAGACAACCAUUACCUCUCAGUUACUAAGUUACUAA